AUGCCCUCCGCAGAGACGAAACCGAGGACCUUGUACGACAAGGUCUUCGAUGACCACAUUGUCAACCAGCAAGAUGAUGGCACAUGCUUGCUCUAUAUCGACCGGCAUCUUGUCCACGAGGUGACCUCACCUCAGGCCUUCGAGGGCCUGAAGAACGCUAGCCGUAAGGUCCGCCGGCCGGACUGCACUCUGGUGACCGUUGACCACAACAUCCCUACCAGCUCCCGGAAAAACUUCAAGAACGCCUCCGAAUUCAUCAAGGAGAACGACUCCCGCCUCCAAUGCACAACCCUCGAGGAGAAUGUCAAGGAUUUCGGUCUCACCUACUUCGGUAUGGGCGAUAAGCGUCAGGGUAUUGUCCACGUUAUCGGCCCUGAGCAAGGCUUCACCCUGCCCGGAACGACCGUUGUCUGCGGUGACAGCCACACUUCCACCCACGGUGCCUUCGGUUCCCUGGCUUUCGGUAUUGGAACCAGUGAAGUCGAGCACGUCCUCGCGACCCAGACUCUCUUGACUCGCCGAAGCAAGAACAUGCGCGUCCAGGUCGAUGGUGAGCUUGCCCCUGGUGUGACCUCAAAGGACGUUGUCCUCCACAUCAUUGGUGUCAUUGGUACCGCUGGUGGUACUGGUGCUGUCAUUGAGUUCUGCGGAUCUGUCAUCCGUGGACUCAGCAUGGAAGCCCGCAUGUCUAUGUGCAACAUGUCUAUUGAGGGUGGUGCCCGCGCUGGUAUGAUUGCUCCCGAUGAGAUUACUUUCGAGUACCUUAAGGGUCGUCCCCUUGCUCCCAAGUACGGCAGCGCCGAGUGGAACAAGGCCGUCAGCUACUGGUCCUCUCUGAAGUCUGAUGCCGACGCUAAGUACGACAUUGAUGUCUUCCUGAAUGGCAAGGACAUCAUCCCUACUAUCUCCUGGGGUACCUCCCCUCAGGAUGUCGUCCCCAUCACUGGUGUUGUCCCUGGCCCCGAUGACUUUGAGGAUGAGAACCGCAAGGCCUCUUGCAAGCGGGCUCUUGAGUACAUGGGCCUCACUGCCGGUACUCCCAUGAAGGACAUCGUUGUGGACAAGGUCUUCAUUGGAUCUUGCACCAACUCUCGUAUUGAGGAUCUGCGCGCAGCCGCCAAGGUUGUCAACGGCAAGAAGAUCGCGGAGAACAUCAAGCGCGCUAUGAUUGUUCCUGGAUCAGGCUUGGUCAAGGAGCAGGCCGAGGCUGAGGGUCUCGACAAGAUCUUCACCGAUGCUGGUUUCGAGUGGCGUGAGGCUGGUUGCUCCAUGUGUCUUGGUAUGAACCCUGACAUUCUCUCCCCCAAGGAGCGCUGUGCCAGUACCUCCAACCGCAACUUCGAGGGUCGCCAGGGUGCACAGGGUCGUACUCACCUGAUGUCCCCUGCCAUGGCUGCCGCCGCUGCCAUCGUCGGUAAGCUUGCUGAUAUUCGGGAGCAUGUGGUCUCCAGCCCCGUUCUUGCCAAGGUCCAGCCUCAGUUCGAUAUUCAGCCCGAGGCUGAGACUCCCACGACUGAGGAUGAGCUUGACCGUGUUCUGGACCUGCCCGCUGAUAACGAGCCCCACACCAACACCUCGGCUGGUGGCAGCAGUGCUGGUCUUCCCAAGUUCACUGUUCUCAAGGGAACCGCCGCUCCUCUGGACCGUGCUAACGUCGACACCGAUGCCAUUAUCCCCAAGCAGUUCCUGAAGACUAUUAAGCGGACUGGUCUGGGCUCUGCUGCUUUCUAUGAGCUCCGUUACAACCCCGAUGGCCAGGAGAACCCCGACUUCAUCCUGAACCAGGGCAUCUACCGCAACUCCAAGAUUCUGGUUGUGACUGGUCCCAACUUCGGCUGCGGUAGCUCCCGCGAGCACGCCCCCUGGGCUCUGCUGGACUUUGGCAUUAAGUGCAUCAUUGCCCCGUCCUUCGCUGACAUCUUCUUCAACAACACCUUCAAGAACGGCAUGCUUCCUGUCGUUGUUUCUGACGAGGCUGCGCUGAAGAAGAUUGCGGACGAGGCCCGCGCUGGUCGCGAGCUCGAGGUUGACCUUGUCAACCAGGAGAUCAAGGAUGCCGAGGGCAACAAGCUCUCCGCCUUCGAUGUCGACGGCUUCCGCAAGCACUGCCUUGUCAACGGUCUGGAUGACAUUGGUCUGACCCUCCAGGUGGAGUCUAAGAUCCGCACCUUCGAGGCUAAGCGUAGCCUGCAGACCCCCUGGUUGGAUGGCAGCGGCUAUCUCCGCCGUGGCAACGGCGGUCCUACUAAGAUCGACGCUGCCCCUGUGCCUACUACCAACCGUGGUGAUGUCAAGGGCGAUCCCCUCAAUUGGUAA